UUCAUGUCGGAUCCACACCUUGCUCACAACACAAUAAUGCAGUAAGAGAAUGUCAAGCUAUACUGAAUCAACCAAAUCAUAUAGAAAAUAUUUUGGAAGAGGCAACUGACAGGGAGAAGGAAAGAAAUCGUCUACGUCUGAGAACAUCAAUAGCAGUUGUUAAGUGGCUAACAUUUCAGUCAUGUGCUUUUAGAGGUCGUGAUGAGAGACCUCAGUCAAAAAAUAGAGGUAACUUUAUUGAAAUGCUAAAGCUUCUUGCAGAGUUCAAUCCUGAAAUUGCAAGUGUAAUUUUAGAGAAUGCCCCAAAAUAUUGCAAAUACACCUCACCAAAUAUUCAAAAAGAGAUUUUAAGUAUUUUUGCAAUGAAAGUCAGGAAGCAUAUCCGUGAAGAAAUUGGUGAUGCCAAGUUCUCUAUUCUUGUGGAUGGAACAUGUGACGUGGCAAAGAGAGAGCAAAUGGCACUUAUUUUCAGAUUUGUUGAUAUAAAUGGUGUUUUACAAGAACGGUUCUUUGACUUGAUACAUGUAAAGAACACCAAAGCAUUGACAUUAAAAGAGGAAUUGUGUACUGUACUGUCCAAAUAUGGCUUUGACAUCCAAAACCUUCGUGGCCAAGGGUAUGACGGUGCAAGCAAUAUGAAAGGAGAGUUGAAUGGACUGCAAGCACUUUUUCUUAGAGAAUGUCCUUAUGCAUAUUAUGUCCAUUGCUAUGCACAUCGCUUGCAACUUGCUCUUGUCGCUGCAGCAAAGGAUGUGGUUCCUGUUACCCAGUUUUUUAGCAACUUCUCUUUAUUGUAA